AUGACCUGCGACAAUGUCAAGGCUUUUCGUCAAGAACAGGGCCAAAAAAACCGACCACACGCAUACCUUCCAAACGGAGGAAUUGUUCGAUCAGUCUCAGUCAGGUUCACCCUAGCCGAUUUCCCACAAGAAGAAACUCCUCUGGACUCCGAUCUUCAAACUAUUGAGGAUGAGGAAGGAGUUGGAUCCGAUGAUAGUAUAACCUGCGAGGAAAACGAGAGCGACUCAGAUAAUGAGUCGCUUGAGACAGGUGACAUCGCAGUCGAGAUAUUAGAACGCGAAGAAGUUUCCGACGAUGGCAACGAGUUGGAUUUAAAUGAGUUAGAUGGAAGCUCGGGUUCAGACGAAAGCCUAGAUAGGGUGUCGGCGCUGUCUACGCUCCUUGCUUGA